AUGGAGGCUGCCCGCGCCGUGCGCUUCCUGCUCGUGGUGUGCGGCUGCUUCGCGCUCCCGCCGCGGGCCGAGCCCGUGUGCCCGGAGCGAUGCGACUGCCAGCAUGCCCAGCACCUCCUGUGCACCAACAGGGGGCUCCGCGUCGUGCCCAAGACCAGCUCGCUGCCGAAUCCCCACGACGUGCUCACCUACAGCCUUGGCGGCAACUUCAUAACCAACAUCACGGCCUUUGACUUCCACCGUCUGGGGCAGCUCAGACGGCUGGACCUGCAGUACAACCAGAUCCGCUCUCUGCACCCCAAGACUUUCGAGAAGCUCUCGCGGCUGGAAGAGCUGUACCUGGGGAACAACCUCUUGCAGGCGCUCGCCCCAGGCACGCUGGCCCCGCUGCGCAAGCUGCGCAUCCUCUACGCCAACGGGAACGAGAUCGGCCGCCUAAGCCGCGGCUCCUUCGAGGGCCUGGAGAGUCUGGUCAAGCUGCGGCUGGACGGGAACGCCCUCGGGGCGCUGCCGGACGCAGUCUUUGCCCCGCUGAGCAACCUGCUCUACCUACAUCUGGAGUCCAACCGGAUCCGCUUUCUGGGCAAGAAUGCCUUCGCACAGCUGGGCAAGCUGCGCUUCCUCAACCUCUCUGCCAACGAGCUACAGCCCUCCCUGCGCCACGCGGCCACCUUCGCACCGCUGCGCUCCCUCUCCACCCUCAUCCUCUCGGCCAACAGCCUGCAGCACCUCGGGCCGCGCGUCUUCCAGCACCUGCCACGCCUCGGCCUGCUCUCGCUCAGGGGGAACCAGCUCACGCACCUCGCGCCGGAGGCCUUUUGGGGGUUGGAGGCCCUGCGCGAGCUGCGCCUGGAGGGCAAUCGGCUGAGCCAGCUGCCCACCGCGCUGUUGGAGCCUCUGCACAGCCUGGAGGCGCUGGACCUGAGCGGCAACGAGCUGUCGGCCCUGCACCCGGCCACCUUCGGUCACCUGGGCCGGCUGCGCGAGCUCAGCCUGCGCAACAACGCGCUCAGCGCGCUAUCCGGGGACAUCUUCGCUGCUAGCCCAGCCCUUUAUCGGCUGGAUCUAGACGGCAACGGCUGGACCUGCGACUGCCGGCUGCGAGGCCUGAAGCGCUGGAUGGGCGACUGGCACUCGCAGGGCCGGCUUCUCACUGUCUUCGUGCAGUGUCGCCAUCCCCCGGCCCUGCGAGGCAAAUACCUGGAUUACCUGGAUGACCAGCAGCUGCAGAACGGGUCCUGCCCAGACCCCUCGCCCUCAGCUUCCCUGACCGCCGACGGCAGGCAAGGACCCCUGCCCACGGCUGCGGGGGAGGAGAUGACGCCCCCUGCAGGUCUCACGGAGGAGCUGCCGCCGCAACCGCAGCUCCUGCAGCGGGGGCGAUUUCCACCUGGGGUGGCCUGGGAUGGGGCUGCCAGGGAGCUCGUGGGCAACCGCAGCGCCGUGAGGCUGAGCCGGCGGGGCCCGGGCCUCCAACAGCCCAGCCCCUCCGCCGCUGCCGCCGCGGGCCAGGCCCCACAGCGCCUAGACUUGCGAGAGAAGCCCCAGCGGGGCCGUCCCACCCGGGCAGAUCCCGCCCAUAUGGAGCCCACCCCAACUGCCUCUCCCGGCUCUGCGCCGUCGCCCGCCGGCGAACCCUGGCAGCGCGCGACGAAGCAGCGCCUGGCCACGGAGCAGCAGGAGCGUGCCGCCCACUCCGACGGCGGAGCCGGGCUGCCGCCGCUGGUGUCCGACCCGUGCGACUUCAACAAGUUCAUCCUGUGCAACCUGACGGUGGAGGCGGUGGGCGCAGACAGCGCCUCGGUGCGCUGGGCUGUGCGCGAGCACCGCAGUCCCCGGCCGCUGGGCGGCGCGCGCUUCCGCCUGCUGUUCGACCGCUUUGGCCAGCAGCCCAAGUUCCACCGCUUCGUCUACCUGCCGGAGCGCAGCGAUUCGGCUACGCUGCGCGAGCUGCGCGGGGACACCCCCUACCUGGUGUGCGUGGAGGGCGUGCUUGGGGGUCGCGUCUGCCCGGUGGCUCCCCGGGACCACUGCGCCGGGCUGGUCACACUGCCGGAGGCCGCGAGCCGGGGCGGCGUCGACUACCAGCUGCUGACCUUGGCCUUGCUGACGGUCAACGCGCUGCUGGUGCUCCUGGCCUUGGCGGCCUGGGCGUCUCGCUGGCUGCGGAGGAAGCUGCGGGCCCGGCGGAAGGGCGGGGCCCCGGUCCACGUUCGCCACAUGUACUCCACCCGACGGCCCCUGCGCUCCAUGGGCACCGGCGUGUCCGCCGACUUCUCGGGAUUCCAGUCGCACCGGCCGCGCACCACCGUGUGCGCACUCAGUGAGGCGGAUCUCAUCGAGUUCCCCUGCGACCGCUUCAUGGACAGUGCGGGAGGUGGCGCGGGCGGCAGUUUGAGACGGGAGGAACAUCUCCUGCAGCGAUUUGCUGACUAGGUCCAGGGCGUGUAGAGACCAUCUCAUUGGCACCAAGGAGCCGCCUCUCUGUGGGGCCCACCAGCCCACCUCAGGGGAAGUGCCCUUUUAUGCACUUGCCAGAGAGGCCAAUGGGGACAGAGGGCCAAUUUGGGCACCAUCCCCCAAUUCCCAGUACUCAAACUGUAAAUGGAUGGUACUUGGUGGUCAAGGCCAAGAGUCUGGGACAAAUGAAUGGUGGGAUGCUGAGGUGGGAGGCAGCCUUCACUUGGAGGCUUUGCCACAGUUAUACAAAUGGCUUUUGUAGCAUUGCAAUGCAAUAGCCUGGCUUCUUUGGAGGUAGAAAGGCGGUGCUUGUGCCCCCAAAUGGCCAGAAAGAUUUGGGUGCAUGCUUUUUGUUUGCUCAGUGUCACACAGAGGACUUUUGUUUCUAUUUAAGGAAAAAGGAACUUAUUACCAUUACAAAGGAGGCUUGGCCUGGGACUCCACUGGUUUGGUGAUCUCUGCCAGGAAGGGGGAUGUAAACAGGUGGUAAAGUUUAACACAGCCGCCAAGGAACUCAUUUAUGUUGACUGAUAGAGCAUUCAGGAUACCAUAAAGUUUAAAUAAUAAGAGAUGCAAUUUUUUUAAAACAAUGUGAAAAGCUCUGACAUUUAACGAACUGACCAAUUGACUCAAGGACUGUUUUAGUUGAACUGGGCCAUUCUAUGAUGUUACUUUUAACAUUAACAGUACAAGAGCGUUUGCUGACUUGGAGGAUAACUAAGAUUACGUACUUUCUCAGGAGAAGACUGCAUGCAAGACUUCUCUGUCAGGGUUGCUCCUGUGGCUUUUUAAUUUUAUUUUUUUAAACCUAUAUAUGGAAAAGGAAAUUUCAAUGCCAGAUUUGAUAAAAGAAUGUAAUGUAUACAUAGCUGAUGACCCCCUGGGGAACACCAGAAUUCCAGUUCACUUACCACAUCUGUGACAGUGUGUUUAGAUUGGAAUAAAUGUGAUGUGGUACUUCUCAUGUUUUUAUCAGUGACAUGGUUGACUGUACCCUAAUUCUCUUGAGUUGCAGUUAAGUGAGGAAGGUAAUUUCCUAAUAGGGAAGCAAAAGGUGAUUGUCAAUUGAUAGUUUAAUGUUUGACCACAUUAGUGUCUUUCUUUAUAUGAUGUAGUAGAGGGGAAGAAAUUAUGGAAAACAAAUGUGAAAAAAAUACACCAGUGGGUAUCUUUUCUACUAAAACCAGAAGAUUGUUGAGUACUUAAACCUCACUGUGAAAUAAUGAUAUAUUUUGCAAUUAAUCCCUCCCCAACCCAGUGUCUUACUGUGUGAUUAAAUCUUAUCUUUUAGCUAA